AUGGGAGCUGAAGCCUUACCCAGGAGUGGAGAGAUUGCUACUGAUGCUGUUGUUGUCGCUUCUCACCCUCUCAUACUUGGUCUACAGCCAGCAGCUCUUGUCGACCACGUGGCACCUGUUGAUUGGUCUUUGCUUGGCAAAAUCCCUGGUGACCGUGGUGGCUCAAUGCCUGUUGCAAUUGAAGAGCUUGAGCAUUUAUUAAAAGAGGUGAAGGAAACUAAGCUUGCUUCCCUGGAUGAAUUACCUCCUAUGAAGACGAUGGCUGGAGGCAGCGUAGCAAAUACUAUUAGAGGACUCAGUGCAGGCUUUGGAGUCUCUUGUGGGAUUAUCGGUGCAUGUGGGGAUGAUGAGCAAGGCAAGUUAUUUGUGAGCAAUAUGAGCUUUAAUGGAGUUAGCCUUUCGAGAUUGAGGAUGAAGCAGGGGCACACAGCUCAGUGCAUUUGCAUGGUUGAUGGAUUAGGCAAUCGUACCAUGCGACCCUGUCUUUCAAGUGCUGUCAAAAUUCAGGCUGGUGAAUUGACCAAGGAGGAUUUUAAAGGCUCCAAGUGGUUGGUGUUGAGAUAUGCAAUAUCCAAUUUGGAAGUUAUUCAAGCUGCUAUUCAGAUUGCAAAGCAAGAGGGUCUUCUUGUCUCAUUGGAUUUGGCCAGUUUUGAGAUGGUUCGAAACUUUAGAUCAGCUCUUCUACAAUUACUGGAGUCUGGGGACAUAGACCUCUGCUUUGCUAAUGAGGAUGAAGCAACGGAGUUGUUGAGGGGUGAACAAAAUUUUGUCCCUGAGGCUGCUGCGGAAUUCUUGGCCAAACAUUGCAAGUGGGCUGUUGUGACUUUAGGUGCUAAUGGUUGUAUUGCAAGGCAUGGAAAAGAGAUUGUCCGAGUUCCAGCUAUCGGGGAAGCAAAGGCUACUGAUGCCACUGGAGCAGGAGACCUCUUUGCAGGCGGGUUUUUAUACGGCCUGGUCAAAGGACUGUCUCUGGAGGAAUGCUGCAAAGCUGGUGCCUGUAGUGGUGGUUCUGUCAUCCGUUCGCUUGGAGGUGAGGUGACCCCAGAGAAUUGGCAGUGGAUGUAUAAGCAGAUGCAGAUCAAGGACCUCCCUCUUCCUGAUCUUCUCCAUUGA